CGCGAAUGAAAACCAGAACACAGCAGCAACGGCAGCCAGCAGAGCAGCACACAUCAGGAAAAUGCAGAAUUGAUUUUGCUCGGAACGGUCGAUCCUGCAGAAGUGUGAACCUGGUGGAGAAAAUUUUACUUUUUCGUUGGAAGUGAGCUUAGAAUGUGCUGAAAAUCCGUUUAAAACGUGGUGGAAACGUAGAUCUUCGCGAGUAUCGUACGGAUCGUGAUCGUUUAGUACGGGCUAGUUGCGAAAAAGUGGAUUUUGCUGGGUGGAAAGAAAAGGAAAAUUUGCAAAGCUCUGCAGGAUAGCACACCACUUGCAGAGGCGAAGCAAGAAAAGUACUGCAGGGAAUCUAGAACUGUGACGGCGAUGGAAAAACCACCUCGUAAUUAUUAAUCCUUGGGUGAACGUGCGAAAAAACAAACAACGAAAUGUGAUGAGUGGUGGAUCAAAGUAAGCUUAUAUGGAUGAUCUGUCAUUGUUAAUUGUGGCAACUGAUUUGCAGAAUACGGAUGGAAGGAUCCAGGGAAAGUUAUCCAAUUUUCACAGAAUGAUUCCUUGCCUGCCACGGAGCGGUGUGAGUGUUGCGACAUCGGUGUGAGAGAGUGUGUUCUACAAUAUAAGUUCGUGCAGUGUUUGGCCCAUGCUAGCGGGAUAGCUGUGGGAGAAAUGUGGUGGGUAGUAGGAAAGGUUAUGUGCUAACAAAAUAGAGCAGUUGUGUGCCACCCGAGCAGUAGUGAAAAGCAGAAGAAAAACUCCGAAAAUAUAUAGAUCUGAAAGAGUGGAUGCCAGCAGCACCUCAGGAGAAAUAAAAAGGAUUAAAAAUUAAUUUCCGUUGGCCGCUAGCCAGAGCGAGGAUAUUUCUGCUGGCCACCGGGAUUUGCGAAGCUGCCGAGUUGAAAUCGUCCACACGUACCUAGAGCUUGCGGGUGGAAUUUCAAAUUGCUGGGGUUGGUGACAAUAAAAAUCGUUAUGACGGCAGCAGCCCUCGGCCGUUCACGUUCCAUCGCUGCUGUAGGUAGUCAUGGGCGAAAUUAGUUUAGUGGAACGACGACGACGACGACGAAGGAUAGAUCUCAUCAUCAGCAGAGUUCACGAGAACAACGAGGCCCGUGAUAACGGUCGCAGAGCAUCCUUGCCAUCGACGGUGGAUCCUAUCUUCGAGUGUUAUUGAAUGAAUGAAUCUUUGGGUUAAGGCUAGCAGCGUCUCGCGAGGCGGCGCCUCCUGAUAAGGACAGGAAGCAAAUGGGUCCGAAGAAGGGAAAGAAGGGCAGCCCGAGGCAUCGAACCGGUCCGCCACCGCCCGGACCGUCGUCACUUUUCAUUUUCGCCGAGGAUAAUUUCGUUAGGAAAGCAACCAAAUUCAUCAUCGAAUGGCCACCCUUCGAGUACGGUGUCCUGUUGACAAUCAUCGCGAACUGCGUCGUGCUAGCACUGGAGGAGCAUCUGCCCCAGGGUGACAAGACGGUGCUGGCCCAGAAGCUGGAGCUGACCGAGAGCUACUUCCUAUGCAUCUUCACGGUCGAGGCCGCCCUGAAAAUCGUGGCUCUCGGAUUAGUGCUGCAUACCGAUUCCUAUCUGCGUAAUAUCUGGAACAUGAUGGAUUUUUUCGUGGUGUUCACGGGGCUCGUCACAUUGCUCCCUCUUCCGCUCGAAGUAGAUCUCAGAACGUUAAGGUCGAUUCGUGUGUUGCGACCGUUGAAAUUAGUUUCUGGAGUUCCUAGUCUACAAGUUGUGUUGAAAUCCAUCAUCAAAGCUAUGGCGCCGUUGCUACAGAUCGGACUCUUAGUCUUGUUCGCAAUCGUUAUAUUCGCAAUUAUAGGAUUAGAAUUUUACUCGGGUGCUUUGCACAAAAGUUGUUAUAGCUUAGAAAAUGCCUUGGAAAUUGUUGAAGAAGGUGACAUGCCGACGCCUUGCUACGACGACGACGACACGAUGAACGUCGAACUGCCAGCCGGAGUGCACCUAUGCAACCACAACGAGAGUGCGUGCAUCGAGCAGUGGGACGGUCCCAACUAUGGCAUCACGAACUUCGACAACAUCGGCUUCGCCAUGUUGACCGUGUUCCAGUGCAUCACGAUGGAAGGUUGGACGUCAACCAUGUACUGGACAAACGAUGCUCUAGGCUCAACCUUUAAUUGGGUAUAUUUUGUGCCUUUGAUUAUUAUUGGUUCAUUUUUUAUGCUCAACUUAGUUCUCGGUGUCCUCAGCGGUGAAUUUGCUCGAGAGCGAGAAAAGGUCGAAAAUCGGCAGGAGUUUCUGAAGCUGCGUCGCCAGCAACAGCUGGAAAAAGAGCUGAACGGAUUCGUCGAAUGGAUCUGCAAGGCGGAAGAGAUUAUUUUGGCCGAGGAUCGCACAACCGACGAGGAACGCAUGUACAUAAUGGAGGCUCGUAAGAAGGCAGCAGCAAAACGGAAAAAACUGAAAAACCUCGGUAAAUCCAAGUCUUCCGAGACGGAUGACGAAGAAGCCACCACCGAGUCCGGGGACGAAGGUAUCCUUAAGAAGGAAAAGAAACCAGCCAAAUCCGGAUUUUGGCAGGCCGAGAAGCGCUUCCGCUAUUGCAUUAGGCACACUGUGAAAACGCAAUGGUUCUACUGGUUCGUGAUAGUGCUGGUGUUUCUGAACACCAUCUGCGUGGCGGUUGAACACUACGGACAGCCACCGUGGCUGUCAAUGUUUUUAUACUACGCCGAAUUUGCGUUCCUAGGCUUAUUCAUGUGUGAGAUGUUGAUCAAGAUCUACGCGCUCGGACCACGCAUCUACUUCGAGUCGGCCUUCAACCGGUUUGAUUGCAUCGUUAUCGCUGGUUCAAUCUUCGAGGUGGUUUGGUCCGCCUACAAAGAGGGUUCCUUCGGUAUUUCCGUGCUGCGAGCCCUCCGGUUGCUGCGUAUCUUCAAGGUCACCAAGUACUGGUCCUCGCUUCGUAACUUGGUUAUCUCUUUGCUCAGUUCUAUGCGUUCGAUUAUCUCGUUGCUGUUUUUGCUCUUUCUGUUCAUACUGAUAUUCGCGCUGCUCGGAAUGCAGCUGUUUGGAGGGCAGUUUAUCCUCCCGGAAGGCAUACCACCGACUAACUUUAACACGUUCACCAUCGCACUACUCACCGUGUUCCAGAUCCUUACCGGUGAGGAUUGGAACGAGGUCAUGUAUCUCGGAAUCAACUCACAGGGCGGACAUAAAAGCGGGAUGGUCUACUCCCUGUAUUUUAUCAUCUUGACAUUGUUCGGUAACUACACCCUGCUGAACGUAUUCUUGGCUAUCGCUGUCGACAAUCUGGCGAACGCACAAGAACUAACCGCAGCAGAAGAGCAGCAGCAGGAACGAGACAAGGAGAAACAGCAGAUGGAACUGGAGAAGGAGAUGGAAGCACUGCAAAAAGCCAAAGAUGGUACACCCACGACGGAGGAAGUGGAAGCGGAGAAGGAGAAAGAAGCGAAGAAGGAUGAGAAGAAGGAAGAGGAGGAGGAGGAACAAACGGAAGGACCUAAACCCAUGCUGCCGUAUUCGUGUAUGUUUGUGUUCUCAUCGACCAACCCAAUGCGUCGCGCGGCUCAUUGGGUGGUUAAUCUGCGAUACUUUGACUUUUUCAUCAUGAUCGUCAUUUCACUGUCUUCGAUCGCGCUGGCCGCUGAAGAUCCAGUCCAGGAGAACGCACCCCGGAACUUGGUGCUUAACAACGUGGAUUACGCAUUUACGGGAGUCUUUGCAAUCGAAUUAUUACUGAAGGUCAUCGAUUUGGGUGUUAUUCUGCACCCGGGAAGCUACCUGCGCGAAAUAUGGAACAUCAUGGACGCCGCAGUAGUCGGCUGUGCGGUCGUUAGUAUAGGCUUCGACAUCAGCGGCAGUGACGCCGGUUCAGAUCUAUCCACGAUCAAAUCACUGCGGGUACUGCGCGUGCUGCGCCCCCUCAAAACAAUCAAACGAGUUCCGAAACUGAAAGCGGUCUUCGACUGUGUCGUCGGUUCGCUGAAAAAUGUCAUUAACAUCCUGAUUGUGUACAUUCUGUUUCAGUUCAUCUUUGCUGUCAUCGCGGUACAGCUAUUCAACGGAAAGUUCUUCUACUGUACCGACGAUAGCAAACACAAUUUCCAUGACUGCCAAGGUUCGUAUUUCGUUUUCGACGAUGUAGACGGACUGCCACGAGCUGCCAAACGGGAAUGGAGAACCCAGUACUUCAACUACGACAAUGUUGCGACCGCCAUGCUGACGCUGUUUGCUGUACAGACCGGUGAAGGAUGGCCACAAGUUCUCCAGAACUCGAUGGCAGCUACCUACGAGGAUGAGGGACCAAUCCAAAACUUUCGCAUCGAAAUGUCCAUCUUCUACAUCGUGUACUUCGUAGUGUUUCCAUUCUUCUUCGUGAACAUUUUCGUUGCCUUGAUUAUCAUCACAUUCCAGGAACAGGGUGAAGCAGAAUUGCAGGACGGUGAGAUUGAUAAGAACCAGAAAUCCUGUAUCGACUUCACAAUCGGUGCUAGACCGCUGGAACGAUACAUUCCCACCAAACAUUCCGGGUUCAAGUACACCGUAUGGCGAAUCGUUGUAUCAGCACCGUUCGAGUACUUUAUCAUGUCACUGAUUGUGUUCAAUACCCUACUGCUUAUGAUGAAGUGUCACGACCAGAACAAAAAACUAGAGAACUUUAUGAAGUACCUCAACAUGAUAUUUACUGGAAUGUUUAGUGUAGAAACCGUUCUCAAAAUAAUUGGAUUUGGUGCAAGGAACUUUUUCAAAGAUGCGUGGAACGUUUUCGACUUGAUCACCGUAAUUGGUAGUAUAGUGGAUGCUCUAAUCUUGCUUCUUUGGGAAAAUUCCUUCAACGUUGGAUUUUUGCGACUGUUCCGAGCUGCCCGUUUAAUCAAACUACUCCGCCAAGGGGACACCAUCCGCAUUCUGCUGUGGACCUUCGUUCAAUCUUUCAAAGCACUGCCUUAUGUAUGUUUGCUGAUUGCAAUGCUGUUCUUUAUCUAUGCAAUCAUAGGAAUGCAGGUGUUCGGAAAUAUUGAGUUAGACCCGGAUACUGCCAUCAGCCGUCACAACAAUUUCAGAUCGUUCUUGGACGGUCUGAUGCUGCUGUUUAGAUGUGCAACGGGAGAGUCAUGGCCAAACAUCAUGCUAGCAUGCCUGAAAGGGCGACCCUGUGAUCCUCGAGCGAAUAAGCCAAACGAGACUUGCGGAUCGACACUCGCCUACGGAUACUUUGUAUCCUUCAUUUUCUUUUGUUCUUUCUUGAUGUUGAAUCUGUUCGUAGCUGUCAUCAUGGACAAUUUCGACUAUCUGACGCGGGAUUCCAGUAUUCUGGGUGCCCAUCAUCUGGAUGAGUUUGUGAGGAUAUGGGCCGAGUAUGAUCCGUCGGCUUCAGGAAAACUGCAUUUUACUGAGAUGUUCGACAUGUUGAAGAACAUGGCUCCCCCGCUGGGCUUCGGACACAAAUGUCCGAACCGGCUGGCUUACAAGAAGUUGAUACGUAUGAACAUGCCUGUAGACGAGGAAGGGCGGGUGAGUUUCACGACGACGUUAUUCGCGUUGAUUCGAGAAAACCUUAGCAUCAAGAUGCGACCUGCCGAAGAAAUGGACCAAGCCGACAGUGAACUGCGGAAGACGAUCAAUCAGAUUUGGCCGAUACAGGCGAAGAAGAUGAUCGAUCUGUUGGUACCUCCGAAGGAUGUCCUGAACACAGGGAAGAUGACGGUUGGAAAGCUUUACGCCGGGAUCCUGCUGCUAGAGACUUGGCGAAACAACAAGUGUAUACAGCUGGAGUGCGAUGCACCAGAUUUGCAGGACCGCAAGAGCCACGAGAUUCAGGAAGCUUACAUCGACGACGGGCACCUGCAUCCACCGCACGAUCAUCGAAACGGACAUCGAAGGUCACCUAGUAUACAACGUGGUUCUGCGCUGGAACGAUCGCCUAGCCCGCGACAUCUGCAUCACGAUAUUGGAUUUUCGGAGACAGUGUCCAAUGUGGUGGAGAUUGCACGUAGGGAUCACAUUAUUGGUAGGCACCACUAUGGGCGCUAUAGAUUCGAUAGAGGUUCCUGGUCCGUAGCCACCAGCCCGGCACGUUCACCAUCACCGACGAGGCUGGACACGCAGAUUAGCGCACACCAUCGGCACAACCGCAGGAUACACCCGUACGGAACAACAAGUCUGUGUCAACGAUCACGGUCGCCAAGCCCAGCCCGUUUGCAAGAACUGCGAGAACGGGAGCGUGAACGGUUCAGGGAGGAAGUUUUGUCUCGCCCGUACAUUCAGCACACUUAUCCAGUAUUACAAUCACAUAGAGAUUUCGGAAGAAGACUGCCACCAAGACCAAUUAAACCAACAACGUUACAAUUAAAGUCAACUAACAUUAAUUUCCCGCGGUUAAACACUAGUCCUACGCAUCAGAGCCUCCAUCUAUCGCUAAACACUCACUCGUUGCCAUACGGUGUUCAUUCAUUGCCCAAUUCGCGUGGCGAAAUUUCGCGCGAUCCUCGUAUCUACCAUCACACGGAAAGCGAGCGGGAUCGGGAGCGGGAAAGGCUGCGUGAACGGGAACGGGACUACGGCUCGCGGUACGUAUUCCGAGACACGGAACGGGAGCUGUUCGAGAUUGAGCGAGAACUGGAGCGGGCACGGGACUCCGCCCGGGAUACGGAUUACGAGAGAGUCGAACCUCUCUCGUACGAGCACCUGUACAAUCUGGGUCGUACCGGCGGUAGUACCGUCGGAUCGACGACCCUGAACGGUUACAAACCCAAGGUGGGCAUGCACUCGAUCUAUUCGGAAUCGGACGAAGGCGAUUGGUGCUAGCAUAGGUUGGAGAAACCACAAAUCCCAAGGGCCAAUACCGGACAGACGGACGCUACCAGCCGGAACAACAACGACACGACUGAUCGGAACGACCGGACAUUACGCACUCAAUCAGCUAGCAGAGGCGGAAACAUUAACUACUACAAUCACUCCGAUGACGUGAAGACUACAGUGAGAGCAGCGAGGGUAUCCCUCGGACGGCUGCGCAAUCUAGUGAUAGCGGUUUAAGUAGCAGUAACACAUACGAGAGGAUUGUCGGCAUCAACAACGGAUCAACGCACUCGUAUCGUUCGUGACGCGGAGCAUCGGUCAGCAACACCAAUCCAAACACUUUUUUCGACCGCAAGCUUCGCGGUUUGUCGCCACAUUCUCGAAUACAAUGCUGCAACUCAGAGAAUUCAUUUUGACUGCUUGCUUCAGUUUCUAGGAUAUGAGUAGGAAAACUUGACGAAAAAUGCAUCGCAUAUAAAAUACAAUUCAAAACAAUCCAUCCAAAAAAAUCGAAAACAAAACAAAAACUUAAAAAUUUAAUAGCAACAAAUAAAAUUGAACGAAGAAAAUGGUGCAAACUCAGCCAGGUCAAAAAUGAAACCGAGUGAAAAUAAAUUUCAUCUAGCUAACGUAUUAUCAUAACUAAUUUGAUAUAAAUUUGAUUUAAUUUGUCAAGGAUGAGAAAAGGAAUAAGAAUCAAUGCAGGAGAUGGCAACCAAUUUUUCAAUCUCUCAUAACUUAAGAAAAAUAUAAAUCUAUUCAAAUACUCAUCGGAGUUAAACAAGAUCUGGUAUAAUUACACGGAAUUGUUGCCGCUUGUUUGUACUACUCAACAAUGGACAACCACGAAAUUGGGCAGAUAGUUGGCAUUCGAUUCGUUCGCGGGCCGAUGUAGCAGAAGUGCUCUAAACGAAUCGAAAGCGAUGGCUUUCCGUUAAUUUCAAUGGGUCAUUUUACACUAAAUUCACCUUCCCAACUUUGAAUCGAAGUUAUUUGUACGAUUUCAUCUUUAAUUAGGAACAGUGUAUCGCUGAAAAAUACAAAACGUGCAAUAAUUCGUCCAUAAAUGCGAGUUGGGUUAAUUCUUAUCAGGAUCGGGCUUUGUUUCUUUGAAAAUACUAGCAAUGAUAGAGUAGGCAUGUUUUAGGCUGUAAGGUUAGGGUCAAGUGCACAAACAAAAGAUUACUUAGAAAAAAAAUUUGAAAUAAUAGAAGUAUAAAAUCAUCGCAGGUUGUUAUAAAUCAGUAGGAAUUGAAAGGUUACCGGAAAGGAAAGUUUAUCUCAUGUAUAGGAAAAUCAGAUAUUUUUAGAUUCAGAUGUAGAUUUUGUUACAAAGAUUAUUCUAGAUGCAUAUCGGAUGUUUUGUUGUAUCACAGAGCACGUUUCAUAUUUUUACUCUAUGAAUCCAGUUAUAGCUACUGUUUAUCGCAACGCGAUCUUAUCCAAUUAUGAAAGUUAGUCGUCAGAUAUUUUUAGCUACUUCAGUUGAACAAGUAAUUGAACUAAAUUGCAAUCGAAACAAAAUGGUUAUAACAUAGCGGCACUUUUUUACACAUCUCUAAUUACAAAAAUAUCCAAGCUUCCCACAACUACUUUGACCAUCGCACAACAUUUAUUUACAAGUUCAAGAAUUGACUUAGGUUGAAAAAAAAAUAACGCGAGGAAAUCUGUCAUCCCAGAAACUUUUGAUUUUGAACUACUACUUACAAUCAACUUACAUCUAUUUAAAAAAAAUAGCAUUUUUAGUGGAAGCUUACUGGCUAGUGAACAAAAGCAUCGAUUACUUCGUAAUUAGAAAUUUUGUUCGACUGUUUAAUUCCUGCGUUUUCUUUGAGGUAGCAAUAUUUGCGUUUAAUAUUUUAUUUCGUAUAUCCGAUAUACAUCUUACACAGGGCCGGCGGAAAGCGUUGGUAGUAUGGGUAGUACUACCCACUCGAAAAUAACCGAGUGGGUAAUUACCCACUCGAAAUUUUGAACCAUUUCAAAAAAUUUAGAUGUGCAACGCAAGUAUCUCGCAUUACACACAUUUGAAAACAUCGAUGUACCACAAUUCCAUUUGCAUAAAUGAACGUGAUUUAAUGUGAAUUUAAUAUAAGCGUGUGCAUUGCGAAAAGGGAAAAAAUUCUUACUAAUGGACCCCUCACUCUAUGCUUUCUACCCACUCGGGCGUAAAGUGUUUCGCCGCCCCUGAUCUAACAGACAUCACAUGUUUCGUUAAAUCUGCGGAUUCGGAUCGCACCACAGAGAGAGCAACUCAAGGAGACUCAUACAAAUUGAUGCCAGGCAGGAUAUGCGGACUAACGGGUGUUCAAUUGAAAAUGUGAAUUUUUUCUGUCAUGUAGUUAAAAAAAACAAAAAAAAUUCAGCUAAUUCAGUAUUUUUUUAUUAAAAACAUAAUGUUUAUUCUUCAAAAAAACAUCCAUAAAUAUUGGAGAAGGGGCCCUGGUCAGCCGUACGACUCAACUUAGUCGCGAUGCUCUCACAAGAGCGCUGGACGGCACUGACGUCCAUAUUCCGGAUACAAUUCCGGAUCCUGGAGGUCAACUGCUUCGUAUCCUGGCCCGCCAAAUAUUUUCGUACACUAGGGCACUGAGGGAGCCGAAAAAACCCUAAAUGGGACGAGACUGAGGCAAGUUGGUCGGAUUUCUUUCUUUCGGUACGUACAGUUUCUUUUUGUGCUCCAGAUACUUCAGCGUCUUCUUGGCGUAAUUAGAAGUCGCCUUGUCCGGCCAGAAAAUGUACCAUCCCAUCCGUAUGAUGCUUCUUUAUGAACGGCUGAAGAAUUUUCUCAAGACACUUCGCCUGGUACACUUGUUGAUUGAUGGCUAGACCGCUCGGCUUGAACCGUGGUUGUGAAAUCCCUCUGUCCGGCGAUGUACAGCAUAAGUUUGUAUUCAAAUUUAAGCUUAAAUACUUCGGGGGGUGUGGCUGACUUGUCGCUGGAAUAGUAGCUGUCAUUUCCCGGAUUUCUUCGAGAGCGGAAUGACGUCCCGCGGUAGUUCUUCGUCAUCCACCGGCACUGCGAUUUCACGAGCGCUAUCUCCUCGUCGCGUACUCGGGAGACCGGUAUUGGAAUCAUUCUCCUAUUUUAUGGUACACCCGUUAUUUAUCUUACCCAGAGAUGUCAAAGGUACCGGUAAACUACAUUUUUUUCGGUAUAUUUACAUUUGCACAAGCCGUACAGCCCGCUACAGCGACGCAUCACUACAGCUCUUGCCAGAACGGUAGCCAAACCGAGUACAUUUUCCCGUAGACCAGUAGAAUACAUUUUUGUUUUGCUGCUGUACUCCGACUGCUCGGUAAGAGUGUGGCGUAGUAAAGUUUGUUCUCUCGCUUUGUACCAGAAAGCAGGUCACUUUGAACGGUAAAAUAAGGUGCCUACACCUGAACUGCGUACUCUACAACACUUCUGAUCAGGAUGCAGAAAAGUACGUAGUACGUUGUCAUAUCAGGACUGCGAUGUUGUCUAUAUUAAUUGCAUCCAUCUACUGCUCGAUGGGGGACCGCAACAUUGAAGUGAAACUUACGAGGUUAGAAGUGGUAGAUUGUUUCAUGGUAAGCCCGUACUGAUAUUCCGUCACUCCAAAAUAAUACUAGAAUACUCAAAGAUCAAGGGGUAGUCAUCCUCGGCUCUACAUGCAAUACUCGACGAGUUUCAACGCCACACUCAAAUUCUGGAACAAAUACAGGAGCCUGUUGAGCAUUUGAGUUCUUUAAUAGUUGAAGUUCUCACAGCGUGACUAGACGAUUUGACACUAACAGCUUGGGAGGAAAUGGCGACAAAAGAACAUCCAACAUUCGCGAUUUUUUGCACGAGAGGACUCGGGGACUUGAAUCAGUUUACGUAAACAAUAAUCAUCUGAGCUCACAACAUUCCGAUCCUGUUUCUCAGUCGUCGAUGAAAAGAUCAACACCUAAGAUGAUCAGUCACGCCGCUAUAGAGAAGACACAUUAUCGCGGAUGCCCUACUUGCGAUCAGCGUCAUUUAUUAACCAGCUGUUCCGUGAACCAGGGCAUGCCGCUUAAGGAGCGUUUAGAACUGGUGAACAACAAAGCAUCAUACAGUAAUUGCCUACGAAAUGAUCGUUUUGUUCGAGGCUGCAAAUCGAAAUUCACAUGUAAAACGUAUGCCAAGCGCCACCAUUCAAUGCUGCAUCCUGGGUUUGGAAAUCCAGAGCAAUCUUGCUUUUCAUUAGAAACUCCCUCCACGUCAGGAACAAAUCGCGUUUCUUCAUUGAUUAGCAACUGUGGCGUGCAAUCCAACUCACGCAUUGGAUCUAUUUAUCGACAGUCGAACGUUUUUUGGCGACUGUAAGUCUGAAGGUCAACGACUCGCAUGGGAGGGAGUAACCAGCUCGGGCUCUGCUGGUCUCAUGCUCGCAAGCAAACAUAAUAGGUGAACGACUGUGUAAACGACUACGGCUAAAACGGCACAAUGUUUACGUGGACAUAUGUGGAAUUGGCAACAGUAUCAAAAAGGCUAAACACUCAGUAUCAGCUCGAAUUCAAUUGCGGUGUAGCAGAACCAGCAAGAUCGUUCACUUCAUAGUAUUGCAAAAUGUAACGACGGAUCUUCCCGCAGAAUCGAUUUCUGUAGAAGAUUCGAAUAUUUCUUGUAACCUAGAACUGACCGAUCCCAAUUUCAAUCUUUCUGGAGAAAUUGAUCUAGUUAUUGGAGCGGAACAAUGCUUUUCAUUCAUUCGAAAUGGACGCAUUGGGUUGUCAGAAAAUCUGCCGGUAUUGGAGGAAAGUGAUUUCGGAUGGUUGGUAACUGGGUUAGCAGAUGUCGUAAAAUAAGAAGCAAGCAUGGCGUGCAAUACCAUCACAUUGCAAGCUCUAGACGCCAAGCUAGAACGUUUCUGGCUGAUCGAGGAAAACUUUGCAACUACUUGGACAUUAGAGGAACAACAGUGCGAGAAGUUUUAUUCUACGACCACCAUACGGAGUUCAGAUGGAAGAUAUAUAGUGAGGCUACCUAAGCGAUCGAGUUUCGAAAGUCAUUUAGGUAACUCAAAACAAAUUGCCAUUCGACAUUUCCAUUGUCUAGAAGCAAAAUUGCAAAAAGAUCCAACACAUCGCGCGUAGUGCAAUAGUUUCAUGCCUUCAAUAGGGCCACAUGCAUCCGAUACCUUAUCAAGCACAAAACGAUGCGCAUUCCUCAAAUGAUCUUCUAGAGGUAGGCCCUGUUUUGCAAGACCAGCCUUUGCAACGCAUUUUUUGACGAUUUUAUCCGUCUGAAGAACUUACCACAUAUCAAUUAAACACAGUCACGUAUGGAUUAGCUCCGGUAUCGUUUCUAGCGAUACGCACGCUCUAUAUCUUAGCAGAUGACUACGAACAGGAUUUCGCUGCAGCCAUAGCAGCCAUAAAAAGGGGUUCUAUAUCGAUGACAUUCGGCAUGGAACGCCGUCUGUAGAAUCUGCAAUCUAGUUGCGCAAUGAUGUGAGUGAAUUACUACAUAAAGGUGGAUUUCGACUGCACAAGUGGUGCUCUGAUUUCAAGGAAGUCUUACAAGAGAUACCUCCAGAGUUGCGCACUACUCAAAGCGAGCUCAAACUCCAUCCAGAUGAAUCCGGGUAGACACUUGGCAUUCUAUGGGAGCCGGCACUUGAUGUUUUCAAACUAGUGAUAAACGUGAAGCAGACCGGCGAGGGACCAACAACCAAGCGAAACAUUUUGUCUACGACUGCACAGUCGUAUGAUCUACGUGCGAUCCUGGACAGUUACCUUGUUGUCGCCAAGGCGCGCGUGACUCCUUUACAAAGAAUGAUCAUUCCCCGGCUGGAGCUGUGCGUGGCCGUGGUAGCCGCUCUUUUGUUCGACAAGGUGAAUAGAAGCUUGGUAACAAAGUUCGACGAAGUGAUUUUCUGGUCGGACUCAACGAUUGUUUUACGAUGGCUGCAGACGUCUCCUCACCUUUGGAAAGCUUAUGUAGCCAAUCGGAUUUCAGAAGUCCCAGCACUAACCCCUGGUUGCAAAUGGCUUCAUGUGGCAGGAAGAUAAUCCUACAGAUCUAUUGUCACGGGGAAUGACUCCAAAUGAACUGGUAGAUUGUGAAAAGUGGAAACUCGGACCCAUAUGGAUGCUACUUGCAAGGCAAGAAUGGUCUGAGCAACCAACACAAUUUGAGCAACAGAACGCCGGCGUAUUGUACUUUCAACAAAUAUUAACUCGCAGUCUCACUUACUCACUUGUUUUUCUACCUUUCGCCUACUUGUACACGUUGUUGGAUACCUCCGACGUUUUGCUCGUGGCCCAUUUGCUUGUAUUUAGUUCAAUGCUGCAAUGCAUAACGCGCGCGCUGGGGACGAUCCUUGUCGAAGAAAGCGUAAUGAAACACAACACAAUCCCGCCGAAGAUCACCUGACACACCAUUUGUCUCGUUCCCCAUUUGUUUGUUAAGAGAUACGCGAUUUUUGUUGGGGUCCUUGAAACAGUUGACCACGUGCUUCAGUACAUCCACGCAUGAUAAACUCGAAUCGGUGACAACACCAUCGAUUUCAACGUUAUAAGUAUGCAUGUAGACGCAGCAGUCAUCCACUAAAGGUUUGUUCCAAGUAACGUUAUUGCUUGUUCCGACUGAGUUUAAUGUGUAUAAUUUUAAAUGAGAAUUCAGAGUCUUUGAUGAUAAAUCUUCUUCGACAUCCAUUUUGCCAUCAACUAACUUUUUUCAGAAGAAUUUAUUUUGGUGCGGGCCUGGAAUCGAGUGCAAAACAAUAGUUUAAAGAAUAUGAAGAAAGAGAGAAUUCAUUUUUUAAUGUCGAUUAACCUUAGAAUCUUUAGCCUCCAAGCCUAAUGGUGGGGUUAGGAUAACAUUCGAUGGCACUUAAAUCCAUACAUUCCACUGGAAACUUAAUAUACUGUUUUCUGAAUAGAUGCUCCCUCCGUCGCCUUGAAUCAGACUCACAUUCUCCAUGUCGGUCGAAGUUUUGUGCCUCAACUAGAUGCUUCCUCCGUCACCUUCAAAGAGUUUGCAAUUCAAGGCUUUCGGCUCGAAUUUACUUAAAAUGAGUGACAGUAUAAUACGAAUAAAUUUUGGUCGAUUUUGUUCGAAAUCGGGAUUUUCGGUGUUUUUACAAUUGAGGAAUUCCACGAAGAUCCGUCCGAAAAUAAUUAAAAUCCUGAUCGACCAUCUUGGAUUCCUAUGAAACUUUACAUAUUUCAUCGGCAUGGAAGACAUUUUCCACAAUCAGAUUAUUUUGACUCAAGAGCAAUUUUUUAAAAGGGCGUAAACAUUUCUACGCGCAAAAAUUUCAAUUUUUUUUUGUUCGAUUACUGUAUUUUAUACAGCAAAACUUUCUGAGGACGAGUUUGAGAGAAUGAAUAUUUAUGUGCGAAAAAAAUAUACACUGAAAAAAAAAAUUGUGUCAUUUUUCACAAAAAACAAAACUUUGGUUUAAAAAUUUAAAUUGAACCAAUUUUUUCUAAUUUUUUAUAUAUUGUCAAUAAAAACCUCAAGAGAAAAGAAACAUUUUGAAUGUGAUUGUAUGAUGGAGAACUUAUCGGUAAAAAAGUUUUCUAACAAUAACUUUAUAAAUGUUUUUAAAUUCUAUGCUGAUUGACAUACAAAACUGUAGUUUUAUUGCAGAAUAUAAUUCUAAGAAUCGUUCAAAAUCAAAAUGCAUUUAACAAAAAUCUUCCAAAAUGCGAUGGUUUUAGAGAUAUGUGGAAUUUUGUUCCAACAAAAACAUUUAAUUCGUGUGAUUAUGCUCUUUUUAAAAGUUAUUUGCGUUACCUAAUUAUAAAAUGUCAAAAAUCUAAUGUUUAUCGUUUUAAAGACGUAAAAGAAACUUUUUCAGUAUAUUUGGAUCAUGGAGAAACUUUCAAUAAAAAUUUUUGACAUAUUUUUAUAAUUCUUACUAUUUGCGGUCAAAAAUACAAUUUUUUUUUGAAUAUGAAACGCUAUUUUAAAUUAAAAUGCUAAUAACAAAAAUUUUCUGAAAUGUGGUAGUUCUCGAGAUAUUUCAAAUUUUGUUUUAACAAUAUAAUUCUUUUGUUUUAUUACGACCUUUUCAGAAGUUAUUCGCAUUUCUCCAUCAACGAUAAUAACUUUUUCAAAAGGCCCAUAACAUGUAACUGUCUGUUUGACAUCAAGGUGAUAUUGUAAACUAUUUGAAAGCUAUACGAAAACAAUCAAAAUACUAUUCAACCAUAGGGUCUUAUGAUUAAACUAAAUAGUUCGAUCAUAUUUUAGCUAUUUUCGUAUAGCUUUCAAAUGGUUUACAAUAUCACCUUGAUGCCAAAGAGAAAGUUACAGGAAAUGUAAUGGGCCUUUUGAAAAAAUUAUUAUUGCUGAUGGAGAAACGCGAAUAACUUAGUUAGAAAAACUUUUUUACCAAUAAGUUCUCCAUCAUACAAUCACAUUCAAAAUAUUUCUUUUCUCUAUAGGUUUUUGUUUUUAAAAUAUAAAAAAUUAGAAAAAAUUGAUUUUUUUGCAAUUUAUAUUUUCAAUAUAAAUUUUUGUUUUUUUUUGAAAAAUAACACAAUAUUUUUUCAGUGCAUAUUUUUUUCGCAUAUAAAUAUUCAUUCCCUGAAACUCGUUCUCAGAAAGUUUUGUUGUAUAAAAUACAGUAAUCGAACAAAAAAAAUCAAAUUAGUGCACGUACAAAUGUUCACGCCCUUUUGGAAAAUUGCUCUUGUAUCAAAAUAUUGCAAUCGUCAGAGAAAAUAUUGGAGAUUCAUAAACCGAACACAACUUCAAAAUUUCGUUCGAAUCGACGAUGGUCAUAUUUUGAGCUCGGCCGGUUUCUCAUGGAAUCCCUUUAAUUAACUAACUAACUAACUAACUAGCUCUACUUUCUAACAAACGGAAGACCUCUUCAGUAUAAUUCUUGGAUUUGAGCCUGCAGGAAAUUCUUCAGACGAAGUCAGACAUUACACGGAGCUAUAUUAUACUUCUUGCGUUCUUUCUAAACCAUCGACUCAUUAUAGCGUCAGCGGCAGUACAAGGGACUUCUGAGACUUCCGAUCUGCUUUCAUCUAAAACGAUUAUAAUUUAGAAAAGUUGGGUUUGAAUGUUUCGUGUUCAACUCGUCAGUAACUAACACCAACUUGCUGCCAGUUAGACUAAACUAAUACCAAAUCGGUACCAGUUAGGCAGACAGUUAUUAUAAUUUGUUUAUUUCAAAGUUUCUGGGAUGACCGUAGAUUUUUUUUACCGAGAAAAAUUAAAAUUAAAGUAAAGAAAAUCUUUUCCUCUAGCUUGUGUUACACGUUAUUGCCACUAACAUGGAUUAUGAUGUAAGUAUCGUAAUUCGUCAUGAGUUAUGUCGGAAAAAAGCAGCUUAAAACGGUUUAAUCGAACUCAACUGAACUGAAUUAAACUGCUAGGACAUUAAAUCAACCCGUGAAGCUUUACUUCAGCAUUGCGAAUGUGCAUUUAACAAGUUUUCAUGCAACUUGCUGGUAUCACAUCCCAAACAGUUUUAUUUGUAUUCCACACUGAAAAGUUGAUAUUGAUCCAUUAAAAUCGACGCAGAAUGUUACAGAAAACGGGAGAGUUUUGGGUGUUCUAUGAUUUGAGCAGUUUUAGCAAACAAUUAUUACGUUACUCUCCGAUUGUGUCGCAAAGCUUGAGCAAAGCUCUAAAUAAACACAGAAGGUAACUGAGCAGUGAGAGUGGCAGUUCAACCACAAUCUUCGUGACGAGCCCAAGUUUUUUAUACAUCGCCGAUUAUGGGCAAAAAUGAACCGACGACACAAAGAGCAAAGAUUGAAGCUAAACCAAGUGAUACAUUACCAGUUUAAUAACGUUAAACUUUAAGCGCGCAUAGAUAAAUCAUUUAACGAAGUUACAAACCGUUUCAAAUCGCAAAUUUUCAUUCCAUAGCAGUGAUUAGGACAUUAAUACAGAAAACUCAAACUAGUUAAAAUUUAAUGAAUUUAAUAGUCUAGCCUAGACACAUUGUCUGUACAUACUAGAAAAGAUAAGAUAAAAUAUUUAACAGUUUUUACUAACUAAUUCAAGCAGCUUCUACUUUGCGAAAAUUUUCUAUCGGUAGAUGCAAUCAAUCUUCAGUAACAUAUAGGAAGAAAAAAUAUCAAUGCAAUUCAAAAUUUAGUUCACUUCAUUAUACCAGAUAAUGCAUAUAAACAGAACGCCAUCUGCCUUCAGGUCAUACUUAUAUAUACCCAUACCGAUCAAUAGAUCAUUCAACUGCACAACAGAGCGAAAUUAGUUCAAGAAUUAAAAACUUCACAACUUUUGCGAUUAACACGGAACAGCUGCGACGCUGAGUAAUUUUCUUCUUACAUUAUACAGCACCACAAUUCAUCAAACGCUGCAAUAGCUAUAAUCAUUGUUCACAAUUCUUUCGAAACUUCGCCAAGUACGUAAACACACUAACAUUUGCAUGAUGAGAAGAAAACGAAAAAAUACCAAACUGCCACUAAUCUUACUUUUACAUAAAAUAAAUCUUACGGAAUGCUAGCUAGCGGGACAGUCGCAGAAACUAAACAGGUAAACCCUACACCUUUCCAAAGUAAGGGACUUUGCGCGAACAAAUAACUGAGGACACAAAUAAAAUAAUUCCACUCAAAAAAAAGUGAAAGUAGAAGCAAUUUAAGGUUGAUCCGUACUAAACUAAACCAAACCGACCGACAUAUUUUUUCCGAACCUGGGUAAAAUUUGCAAUAAUAAAAACGAAACGUUUUUGAAAUUGCGACACACGAAACACUUUUCUCUAUAUCUUACACAUCCUACCCACACACACACGUACACAAACACGAGAUGCAGCAAAAAAUGUGAUGUUUAUUACAAAGUUUAUACUAGAUUGACUCGAACUAAUUGACAGUGGACUUGGAUUUAAUUCGAUUUCAAACUGGAAGAUAUGGGUUUUAGAAGCAAAACAGAAAAAAAAUUGCAGAAGAAAGCAAUCGGAAAACGGAACCCUAAUUUGCCACGACCGAUUUGGUGCAGUCUCCAGGCGGACAUUAUUUAUAUAUUUAAAUAGGUACCAUACAAUUUGAAGCUAGCAAAAUUUGAACGUAAUCGAAUGAAAGCAUAAUUCGCACAUUUGUAAAUUUUCCACUAUUUUAUAUUUCGCCGUGUACAUUAAAACCGAAGGGAAAAAAGCGCAUUGAAGUCAAGUUGCAUUCAGAGCGAAUUAAAAACAGAAAAGUUCAAACUA